CGCCGGCUUUACUCCGACAGUUUGCCAGUUGAUCAUCACCAUAGCCGUUUGUGCGCGAGGAGAACAACGUUAAUAUUUUUCAACUGUCUGAUCUAAUGGGAACACUCUUUGUAAAUGCGUUUUAAGAAUUCUUGCUUGAGAGAAGUACACACUGGCCCUGGCCUUGAGGCUUAUCUGAAAGGAUUCAAUUUCACUGGUGAACCUCCCUGGCUGGCUGACGUCUGCUAGCAUAUUAUAAUUCCAUCUCUUCCAUUCAUCUGUUUCUUUUGCAAUCAAUUCUUGAACAAACAUGAUGACCACACUGACUGGAUCAGACUCAGACUUCACCUUCCUGGAGGAGGGAUUCUGUGCACGGGAUAUCGUGGAACAGAAGAUCAAUGAGUCGUCCUUAUCGGAUGACAAAGAUGCCUUCUACGUGGCUGACCUAGGUGACGUCCUGAAGAAGCACCUCCGUUGGUUGCGUGUUUUACCUCGAAUCACUCCGUUCUACGCAGUGAAGUGCAACGACAGCAGGGCUGUUGUCUCGACACUGGCGUCCCUGGGAGCGGGAUUCGACUGUGCGAGCAAGACGGAGAUCCAGCUCGUGCAGUCUGUGGGUGUGGACUCCAGCAGAAUCAUCUACGCUAACCCCUGCAAGCAGGUGUCUCAGAUCAAAUACGCCUCCGCUCACGGCGUGCAGAUGAUGACGUUUGACAGCGACGUGGAGCUCAUGAAGGUCGCACGGUGCCAUGAUAGUGCCAAACUGGUUCUCCGUAUCGCCACUGAUGACUCCAAGGCCGUGUGCAGGUUAAGUGUGAAGUUUGGUGCCACGUUAAAGAGCAGCCGUCUGCUGCUGGAGAGGGCGAAGGAGCUUGGGCUGGAUGUGAUCGGAGUCAGUUUCCAUGUGGGCAGCGGAUGCACUGAUCCGGAGACAUACCGGCAGGCCAUUUCAGAUGCACGCUGUGUUUUUGACAUGGGGGCGGAGCUGGGAUAUAACAUGACCCUGAUUGAUAUUGGCGGAGGCUUUCCAGGCUCAGAUGACACCAAACUGAAAUUUGAAGAGAUCGCUGCUGUGAUUAACCCUGCACUGGAUAAAUAUUUUCCUGCUGACUCCGGCGUGAGGAUCAUUUCUGAACCUGGACGCUUUUACGUGGCGUCUGCAUACACGCUGGCGGUCAACAUCAUUGCCAAAAAGGUCAUCAUGAAGGAGCAAUCAGCCUCUGACGAAGAAGAUGAUGGGACCAAUGACCGAACCUUGAUGUACUACGUCAAUGAUGGCGUUUAUGGUUCCUUCAACUGCAUUCUGUACGACCAUGCGCAUGUUUCACCCACUCUGCACAAGAAACCCAAGCCUGAUGAGCGCAUGUACCCAUGCAGUAUUUGGGGACCCACCUGUGAUGGGCUGGACCGCAUUGUGGAGCAGUGCAGCCUGCCGGACAUGCAGGUGGGCGACUGGCUGCUGUUUGAGAACAUGGGUGCCUACACUGUAGCCGCAUCCUCCACCUUCAAUGGCUUCCAGAAACCCGACAUUCAUUACAUCAUGUCCCGAACAGCCUGGCAGUGCAUGCUGCAGAUCCGUGACCAGGGGAUUCCACUUCCUGCUGAGGAGCAGAGCUCUGGAAACAUGCCAUCGCACUGCGGGCACGAGAGCACCCUGGACGUGCCAGCCAAGCCGACCCCUACUCACGUGCUGUGACGCUCUCUGACCUCCACCGCUUGAGACAGCUCUCAUUCAGACAUGCAUUUUACACCAGAGGUCCAGUUCCAGAUUUGUGCUUUUGAAUUACAACAUAAGUUUAAUUAACUAUUCUAAAUGCAGCUCUUUUACCUCUUGUUUGUAAAAGUUGCAGACCUGAAAGACGCACCAUUUUGUCUGACAGUCCUAUGGCUGUUUCUUAAUUUAGUUUUUUUUCUACUUAUUUUUUAUUUAUGUAUACAUAUUUUACAUAUAUACUUGUAAUUUGAGGCCAGAUACAAGGGAGGUUUGAAUGUGUUUGAAGGUCUAUUCCUGAACUAAUUCCCUCUCUUACACAUGCUACUUUCCAUGGAGGAGCGUUAAGAGCUUGUUGGGGGAACAUUUCAUGAAAUGGCUGCUUUUCGAUCUCGCCCUCCAUACAGACACGCACAGAUUUCCUCCUCAGUGACCAUUUCUCUCUCUCUCUUUUUUUUUUUUUUUUUUUUUUUGCUUGAUUAAUAACUUAACAUUACGAUUAUUGAUCUGAAAUAUGUAUUAUUGAUCUGAAUUGUAUGCCACUGAUGCAUUUGAAGCGGAUAUGAAAGAGAUGGGAUUGCAUUCAUAUUGCUUUCCUAUGGAAACUUUUUUUUUUUAAGUUUUGUAUUUUUAUAUAAAUAAAGGUAGCUGUAAAAUGUU